AUGCCACCCCGUCGGUCGAGUCGCUCGACUCGCGCAUCUAUGGAGCCUAUAGAGACACCCAAACCCCCUCCCGCGAAACCCCUUCCCAAGCGCAAACGCUCCGAAGCGCCAGAGCCCCUGGUGGCCGAGCAAGAAAACAUCAAACCUCUUGCCAGAUCGCGCAGAUCGACAUCAACAGGUUCCAGCGCUGCAUCGACGGUGAAGAGAAGGGUUUCGACGCGCUCAAGGAAGUCAUUGGAAGAAGUACCAGAGACAGAUGAAGAACAGGAGGUGGAGGCCCCUCCACCCGCGAAAAAAUCGCGUCCGUCGUUAGAACCCGAGCCUGAGGAAGUGGAAAUGGUGGAUGUGGACGAGAAGGAAGAAGUGCAGCCCACGAAGACAAAGCGGGCUUCGUCCAGGAAGCCUGCGACCACAACCAAAGGCGCCACGCGUGCCUCCAGUCGUGCCGCCAAAGUGCCGCCUAAAUCUCGAAGGGCCAAAAUCAUGGAUUCAGAUGAUGAAGAGCCAAAAGCUGUCGAGGUUUCUGACGACGAAGCUCCCAAACCACUCAAGGGUAGGAGGGUCCCUGCAACAAAGGCGGUGGUGAUCUCAGAAGAUGAAGAGGAGGCUCCGCGAUCAAGUCCUAAGGGCAAAACUAUGCAGGUAGAUGAACAGCCCGAGGCAGACGAGCCGGCACAAGCUCAGGCCAAUGCCGAGGAAGAGGAGGCUGAGGUAGUUUUGGCAUCAAAGCCAGAGGACGACGGCGUUAAGUCUGGAGUUGAGGAGGAAGAGCAAUCGCUGCUAGACCACCCUGACCUGGCCCCUCCACUUUCUCAAUCACAACCCGCUGCGCCAGAGGAACCUCAGGGCCCCAAGUCUCGCCUAGUCAUCCACAAGAUGGCCCUCGUGAACUUCAAGAGUUACGCUGGCAGGCAGGAAAUUGGUCCAUUCCACAAAUCGUUUUCAUCCAUUGUCGGUCCGAACGGGUCUGGAAAGUCGAACACGAUCGACGCACUCCUAUUCGUGUUCGGAUACCGUGCGUCCAAGAUGCGGCAGGGCAAGCUCUCCGAGCUUAUUCACAAUUCUGCGCGGCAUCCCGACCUUGAUGAUUGCAGUGUGGAAGUGCACUUCCGCGACAUCACCGAUCUGCCCGGACGCGAUGCCUUCGAGAUUGUCCCUGGCUCCGACCUCGUCGUGGCGCGCACCGCGUAUAAGAACAACGCCAGCAGGUACAGUAUCAAUGGGCGGCAGAGUAACUACACUGAAGGCGAAGUUGAAUCCAUCGCGCAAAUGAAGCCCAAGGCGGCGACCGAGCACGAAGACGGUCUCCUUGAGUACCUCGAGGAUAUCAUCGGCACGUCACAGUACAAGGCGCCGAUCGACGAGGCGCUCGUCGAGAUGGAGCGCUACGCCGAGGACCGUGUGGAGAAGCUUAAUAGGCUGCGCAUCGUCGAGCGCGACCGGAAAGCUCUGGAGGGGAAGAAGCGCGAGGCCGAGGAGUACCUCCGCCUACAGAACGAGCACGUCCGCGCGCUCUCGCGCCUGUGGCAGUGGUACCUGUGGAAGUGUCUGUUGAAUGCGGAGCAGUAUGAGAAGGUCAUGGCUCGGACCGAGAAGGAGCUCGCAGAUGAGCGGGAGCGGAACCGCGACGACAUCACACAUUUGGAAAUGCUUGAAAAGCAUUACGCGCAACGUACUGCUGCGUACGAGGAAGUCAAAGCUGCCGCAGCCGAGGCUGUCAAAGACCUUGCAGUUCAUGAGAAGCAGCAAGUCAGCUUGGAGGAGCGACGGAAACAUGCUAACGGCAAGGCCAAGAAGCUCAAGAAGACUAUGCAAGAUGAUGAGCAUGCACUAGCCGAAGCAGUCCGUGCGGUGAAGGACAACGGCUCUAAGAUGGUGAGCGAAAAGGCCACGGUGGAAGAGUUCGAGGAAUCCCUGGCGGAAGAAGAGAAAGUGCUUGAAGAGAUUCGAGAUAGCCUGAAAGACAAGACACAGGUGUUCCAUGAUCAGAUCGAAGUGAAGCAGAAGGAACUCCAGCCUUGGAACGCGAAGAUCAACGCGAAGCAAGCAGAAAUCGAUGUUGCCACCAGCGAGCGUGAUAUGCUCGCCAACAAGGCAGAGGCUGCAAAGGCCGCGCGUGCGGACGCCCAGGAAGCCCUCGAGAAACUGCAGGCUGAUCAUGACGCGAAGACUACGGAGCUGGAAGAGCUGAAAGGCAGCAAAGCCAAUAAGCAGAAGGAGAUCAAGGAUGGGGAGAGGAAACUGCAGGAUACGCGAGCCAGGGUACAGGAGUUGCGUUCCAAAGCCUCGUCUUCACGACAGAAAACCGACGAGGCAAGGGCAUCGCAAGCCGCUAGCACCUCGCAGAACAAGGUGCUGGAUAGUUUGACUCGCCUCAAGAAUGCAGGUCGUAUCUCCGGAUUCCAUGGCCGUCUCGGCAGCUUGGGGACAAUUCCCGACAAGUACGAUGUUGCAGUGUCCACUGCAUGUGGAGCCCUCAACAACCUCAUUGUUGACACUGUCGAACAAGGCCAAGCAUGUAUUGAAUACCUGCGCAAGCAGAACGUUGGCCGUGCGUCCUUCAUCGUCCUCGAGAAAUUGUCCGGCAACGGGCUGAACAAGAUCCCCACCCCGGAGAACGUGCCGAGGCUCUUUGACCUAAUCACUCCGAAGGAUCCGCGCUUCGCCCCAGCGUUCUUCAAGGGCGUCGGAAACACACUCGUCGCGAACGAUCUCGAUCAGGCAAACCGUAUCGCUUUUGGGGGUCAGAGAAGGUGGCGCGUCGUGACCCUCGCGGGCCAGCUUAUCGAUUCGUCGGGUACCAUGUCCGGAGGCGGCAACCACGUCGCUAAAGGUGGAAUGAGCUCCAAACUUGCGGCGGAUGCGGUCUCGCCCGAAGUGCUCAGGAGGUACGAGCAGGAUAGCGAACAGGCCGCCCGGGCGCUCGAGGAGAGCCUCCAAGAGCUUCGUGAGAUGGAAUCUGCAUGGGACGCCAUCACAAGAUCUAGUCCGCAGCUUGACAUUGAUAUCGAGAAAAUCUCCCUUGAUAUCGGGACUGGCGCCAGGCGCAUUGUUGAAGCCGAGAAGAGACUCCGUGAACUCAAAUCACAGAGCAAACCGGACGCUGAUGACGUCUCCAGAGUUGCUGCGCUAGAGCAAGAGAUUGCGAAUUCGACUGCAAAACUGGAGGGGUUGCAAGAGAAGGCAGGCUCCAUUGAGAAGGAGAUCAAGGUUCUGGAGAAAAAGAUCCUUGAGAUCGGAGGUGCGCGCUUGCUGUCGCAGAAGUCGAAGGUCGAUGGAAUCCGCCUGCACAUCAACCUUGCCAACGAUGAGAUCACCAAGGCGGAGGUUGCAAAGGCUAAAGCGGAGAAGGACACAGUGAAGCUGGAGAGCUCGAUCGAGACCAACAGCGCGAGCAUCAAGGAGGUUGAAGCCGAGGUUAAGGACCUUAGUGCCAAGCUCACCGAAUGCACUGACUAUGUGGAUGAACUUCGCAUCAGCGUUGACAAAGCCCAGGUUGCCGCGGAGAGCUCUAAGGACGACCUAGAUAGCCUCAAGACCGAGCUCGAUACGAAAACUGAAGAGAUCCAAGCGUUCCGACAAAAAGAGAUGGAGCUCUCACAACGCCUUACAGACGCGAAGAAGGAUUGGACUGAUAACGACCGCUUGUUGGAACACUGGCAGGACGAACACGAUAAGUUGAAGCUUGAGGACAUAGACGAUGAUGAUGAGGAUGAAGAGGACGGGAAGGCAGAGCCAGAGGUGUCCGGAGAGGGCGCGCUGAAACAAGAGCGAGGAGGCGCGCCGAAACCGAAUGCCCGUGAACAUUCACCUUCCUACGAACUGCACACCUACAGUGCUGUGGAACUGUCUGUUUUCAAGAGAGAUGAGCUCAUUGCUGAUGCUGAGCUGCUUGACGAGAAACUCAAGAACUCAAAACCGGACCUCAGUGUGCUCAAGGACUACAGGAAGCGUGAAGAAGAAUUCUUGAAGCGCGCACACGACCUUGAGCAAGUCACGAAACUACGUGACGCCAAGAAACAAGAGUACGAUGGUCUCAGGAAACAGCGGCUUGAUGAAUUUAUGACUGGCUUCAACACUAUCUCCUUAAAGUUGAAGGAGAUGUACCAGAUGAUUACUCUCGGAGGUAACGCGGAGUUGGAGCUUGUGGACAGCAUGGAUCCCUUCUCCGAGGGUAUCAUCUUCAGUGUGAUGCCGCCGAAGAAAAGCUGGAAGAACAUUUCCAAUUUGUCAGGUGGUGAGAAGACAUUGAGUUCUCUUGCACUGGUCUUCGCGUUACACGUUUACAAGCCUACGCCUUUGUACUUCAUGGAUGAGAUUGAUGCCGCUUUGGAUUUUCGCAAUGUAUCGAUUGUCGCCAACUAUAUCAAGGACCGUACGAAGAACGCACAAUUUAUUAUUAUUUCGCUUCGAAACGAUAUGUUUGAGCUGAGCCAUCGGCUCAUUGGUAUAUACAAGACCGCCAAUGCCACUCGCAGUAUUUCUAUCGACAACCAGCCUUUGCAUGCUAUCCCACUGAAUGUUGCUCGAGCAUCAUAG